CCGGACUCGGGACAGGGAGAAUCCACCAAGAAAGCAUCUGGGUCGGUCCAUUCCGAUAAUAAUGCACCGAAUAGCGGAGAAAUGAAGCCACCGGGGUUUGACGCUGUAUCGGUUCUUUGGACAUUUGGCAAGUGCCUAGGUGCCUUGCUGCCCGUGUACCUUGCAGGAUACUACCGGGUUAGCGCCAGUUUUUUGGUUUUCGGGCUUAUGGUCUACACAGGAUGGAGGCACUCGCGCGAGGCAAAAGAAGCUCGUCUGCGGUCCGCCAUUCACCACUAUGAGAACGAGCAACAAUAUACAAAGUUGCUGGUGGAGACCAUCGCUCCCUCCAUCCGUUCCUCCAGCACUCACCUCCAGACCCUCACCUUCACCAAGGUGGACUUUGGGGACAAGGCCAUGAAGGUGGUGGGUGUGAGAGCACACACAGAGAAUGAGAGGGGACAAGUCCUGCUGGACGUGUACAUCAGCUAUGUUGGAAACGUUGAGAUUAAUGUGGAGGUGAAGAGGUAUUUCUGCAAAGCAGGAGUCAAGGGAAUACAGCUGCAUGGGAUGAUGAGGGUGAUUCUAGAGCCUCUGAUUGGAGAUGUCCCCAUCGUGGGCGCGGUCACCAUGUUCUUCAUCCGAAGGCCGAAACUGGACAUCAACUGGACUGGAUUGACCAACUUACUGGACAUCCCUGGACUGAACAUCAUGUCUGACACUAUGAUAAUGGACGCCAUCUCCUCCCACCUGGUUCUUCCCAACCGUCUGACUGUUCCCCUGGUAGCAGACCUGCACGUUGCCCAGCUACGCUCUCCUCUGCCCAGGGGUGUGGUACGUAUCCACCUCUUGGAGGCUGAUGACCUGCCAGCUAAGGACAACUACAUGAAGGGUGUGAUAGCGGGUUUGUCUGACCCGUAUGCUCUGUGUAGGGUGGGGCCUCAGACUUUCACCUCCCACGUUGUGGACAACACUGUCUGUCCCAAGUGGGGAGAGAUGUAUGAGGUCAUAGUCCAUGAAGUACCAGGUCAGGAGCUGGAGGUGGAGGUUUAUGACAAAGACCCAGACAAGGAUGACUUUCUGGGGAGAACCAAGAUAGAUUUGGGUAUCGUCAAGAAGUCCAAAGUUGUUGAUGAAUGGUUCACCCUGAAAGAAACCAAGUCAGGACGUGUCCAUUUCAGACUGGAGUGGUUGGUCUUGUUGCCCAAUACGGAGCGACUGGAACAGGUUCUUCAGAGGAACGAGAGCAUGACGGUGUCCAGUAAGACUUCUGACCCCCCCUCGGCAGCCAUCUUGGCAGUGUAUCUGGACAAGGCUGAAGCCCUUCCUAUGAAGAAGGGCAAUAAAGAACCUAGUCCCAUGGUGCAGUUGUCUGUGCAGGACAUCACUCAAGAGAGCAGGACCUGUUGGACGACCAUCAACCCAACGUGGGAAGAUGCCUUCACCUUCUUUAUCCCAGAUCCACACAAGCAGUCAAUAGACAUUCAGGUGAAGGACAAUGACCGGAUACAGACUCUAGGUAGUCUGUCCAUCCCUCUGUCCCGCCUGCUGUCGGGCCCCAACCUGUCUCUGGACCAGUGGUUCCAGCUAGACAAAUCUGGCCCUGCCAGCCGCAUCUACAUCAACACUGUACUCAGGGUGUUAUGGUUAGAUGAGGAAAACAUCCCCACUUCCUCUACAGAAGCAGCCAACCUAGCAGCAGGUCUCUCAAAGAUACGCCCCCAACAGACCUCCCCUGACCCCAGCUUUGCCACAGAGGGGGUGCUGAGAAUCCACCUUCUAGAGGGCCAAAAUCUGGUCCCCAAGGACAACAUGAUGGGGGGCAUGGUGAAGGGCAAGAGUGACCCCUAUGUCAAGAUCAACAUUGGGGGUGAGACCUUUGAAAGCCGGGUCAUCAAUAGGAACCUCAACCCCACCUGGAACGAGAUGUAUGAGGUGGUUCUGACCACACUGCCUGGCCAGGAGCUGCAUGUAGAGCUGUUUGAUAAGGACAUGGACAUGAAGGAUGACUUCAUGGGAAGGUUGAAGAUCAGUCUGAAGGAUAUCAUCACCUCUCAAUACACUGACCAGUGGUACAUUCUGAAUGAUGUGAAGUCAGGUCGUCUUCACCUGGUACUGGAGUGGGUACCAACAGUAUCACAACCAGACAGACUGGAUCAGGUGUUCCAGUUCCAGUCCAGGCAGUCCUACCACAACAAAGUCUUUCCAUCCAUGGCUCUACUGUUUGUGUUUGUGGAGAGGGCUGACGGCCUACCUCUGAAGAAGAGUGGGAAGGAGCCAAAAGUGGGAGCUGAACUUGUUGUGGGGGGGACCUCCCAUAAAACGACGGUGUGUGAUCGCACCAUCUCACCCCAGUGGGACGAAGCUUUUUACUUCCUGGUUCAUGACCCCAGAGAGGAGAUCCUCAUAGUGAAGUUGUCUCACAGUUGGACCUUGCCUAUUGGUUCUCUGGUGGUACCAGUCAGAGAGCUGCUGUCAGAACCAGAUCUGGUCCUGGAUCAGUGGCUGAGACUGGAUGGAGCCUCACCUGACAGUCAGAUUCUACUGAGGGCUGAACUGAAGGUGCUGUGUCCCAAGAAGUGUGAGAUUGAUGUGGAGAGGGCAGAUCAACCCAGAGCUCGAGCCGCCUCUACUGCUGAACAGAGACUGGAGAGAGACACAGUGCAGCAGAGGUCUAGUUCAGGGGACACUCCCAGUGUUCCAUCCCCCAGCCCUUCCUCUAUCCCAGCACCAGUACCAGAGCCAGAGGAGGCUAAGAGGGUAACAGUUACUGAGAUGGUAGCUGAGAAGGUACCUGAGGAGGUCACUGAGGAACCCAGUCUUCCUGGAACACUCCCCACACACACCAACCCUAAGCCCAGCUUUGGCUCUGAGGGUGUGCUGAGAAUCCACCUACUGGAGGCCCAGAAUCUAAUCGCCAAGGACAACCUGAUGGGGGGCCUGAAGAAGGGCAAGAGUGACCCGUACGUCAAGAUCAACAUCGGAGGGGUCAAGUUUAAGAGUCAUGUGAUCAAGGAGAACCUCAACCCCACCUGGAACGAGAUGUUUGAGACGGUGAUGACCCCACAGUCAGAUCAGGAGGUCCAGGUAGAGCUGUAUGAUGAAGACAUGGACAAGGAUGACUUUCUGGGCAGGUGUAACAUCAGUAUGAGAGACAUCAUACACUCCCAGUAUACAGACCAGUGGUACACUCUGAAUGAUGUGAAGUCAGGUCGUGUUCACCUGGUACUGGAGUGGGUGUUGCAGCUGCAGUCUCUCCAGUCCUACCAGAACAAGGCUGUUCCCUCUGCUGCUCUGCUCUUCGUCUACAUGGACAGAGCCCACUCACUGCCUUUGAAGAAGAGUGGGAAGGAGCCAAAUGCUGGAGCUGAGCUUGUUCUGGGGGAGACAACCUACAGAACCAAGGUGUGUGAUCGUACCAACUCCCCCCAAUGGGAAGAGGCUUUCUACUUCCUGGUUCGUGACCCCAGAGAGGAGAUUCUCAUAGUGAAGCUCUCCAGUGCUUGGGAUCAGGCGAUGGGUUCUCUGGUGGUACCAGUCAGAGAGCUGCUGUCAGAACCAGAUCUGGUCCUGGAUCAGUGGCUGAGACUGGAUGGAGCCUCACCUGACAGUCAGAUUCUACUGAGGGCUGAACUGAAGGUGCUGUGUCCCAGGAAGUGUGAGAUUGAUGUGGAGAGGGCAGAUCAACCCAGAGCUCGAGCUGCCUCUACUGCUGAACAGAGACUGGAGAGAGACACAGUGCAGCAGAGGUCUAGUUCAGGGGACACUCCCAGUGUUCCAUCCCCCAGCCCUUCCUCUAUCCCAGCACCAGUACCAGAGCCAGAGGAGGCUAAGAGGGUAACAGUUACUGAGAUGGUAGCUGAGAAGGUACCUGAGGAGGUCACUGAGGAACCCAGUCUUCCUGGAACACUCCCCACACACACCAACCCUAAGCCCAGCUUUGGCUCUGAGGGUGUGCUGAGAAUCCACCUACUGGAGGCCCAGAAUCUAAUCGCCAAGGACAACCUGAUGGGGGGCCUGAAGAAGGGCAAGAGUGACCCGUACGUCAAGAUCAACAUCGGAGGGGUCAAGUUUAAGAGUCAUGUGAUCAAGGAGAACCUCAACCCCACCUGGAACGAGAUGUUUGAGACGGUGAUGACCCCACAGUCAGAUCAGGAGGUCCAGGUAGAGCUGUAUGAUGAAGACAUGGACAAGGAUGACUUUCUGGGCAGGUGUAACAUCAGUAUGAGAGACAUCAUACACUCCCAGUAUACAGACCAGUGGUACACUCUGAAUGAUGUGAAGUCAGGUCGUGUUCACCUGGUACUGGAGUGGGUACCAACAGUAUCACAACCAGACAGACUGGAUCGGGUGUUGCAGCUGCAGUCUCUCCAGUCCUACCAGAACAAGGCUGUUCCCUCUGCUGCUCUGCUCUUCGUCUACAUGGACAGAGCCCACUCACUGCCUUUGAAGAAGAGUGGGAAGGAGCCAAAUGCUGGAGCUGAGCUUGUUCUGGGGGAGACAACCUACAGAACCAAGGUGUGUGAUCGUACCAACUCCCCCCAAUGGGAAGAGGCUUUCUACUUCCUGGUUCGUGACCCCAGAGAGGAGAUUCUCAUAGUGAAGCUCUCCAGUGCUUGGGAUCAGGCGAUGGGUUCUCUGGUGGUACCAGUCAGAGAGCUGCUGUCAGAACCAGAUCUGGUCCUGGAUCAGUGGCUGAGACUGGAUGGAGCCUCACCUGACAGUCAGAUUCUACUGAGGGCUGAACUGAAGGUGCUGUGUCCCAGGAAGUGUGAGAUUGAUGUGGAGAGGGCAGAUCAACCCAGAGCUCGAGCUGCCUCUACUGCUGAACAGAGACUGGAGAGAGACACAGUGCAGCAGAGGUCUAGUUCAGGGGACACUCCCAGUGUUCCAUCCCCCAGCCCUUCCUCUAUCCCAGCACCAGUACCAGAGCCAGAGGAGGCUAAGAGGGUAACAGUUACUGAGAUGGUAGCUGAGAAGGUACCUGAGGAGGUCACUGAGGAACCCAGUCUUCCUGGAACACUCCCCACACACACCAACCCUAAGCCCAGCUUUGGCUCUGAGGGUGUGCUGAGAAUCCACCUACUGGAGGCCCAGAAUCUAAUCGCCAAGGACAACCUGAUGGGGGGCCUGAAGAAGGGCAAGAGUGACCCGUACGUCAAGAUCAACAUCGGAGGGGUCAAGUUUAAGAGUCAUGUGAUCAAGGAGAACCUCAACCCCACCUGGAACGAGAUGUUUGAGGUAUGGAGGUUUACUUAUAGUUUCCUCUCUAAGUGUUACAGUCAAUGUGAUGUGUUUCCCCAGACGGUGAUGACCCCACAGUCAGAUCAGGAGGUCCAGGUAGAGCUGUAUGAUGAAGACAUGGACAAGGAUGACUUUCUGGGCAGGUGUAACAUCAGUAUGAGAGACAUCAUACACUCCCAGUAUACAGACCAGUGGUACACUCUGUCUGAUGUGAAGUCAGGUCGUCUUCACCUGGUACUGGAGUGGGUACCAACAGUAUCACAACCAGACAGACUGGAUCAGGUGCUACAGCUGCAGUCUCUCCAGUCCUACCAGAACAAGGCUGUUCCCUCUGCUGCUCUGCUCUUCGUCUACAUGGACAGAGCCCACUCACUGCCUUUGAAGAAGAGUGGGAAGGAGCCAAAGGCUGGAGCUGAGCUUGUUCUGGGAGAGACAACAUAUAGAACCAAGGUAUGUGAUCGUACCAACUCCCCCCAAUGGGAAGAGGCUUUUUACUUCCUGGUUCGUGACCCCAGAGAGGAGAUUCUCAUAGUGAAGCUCUCCAGUGCUUGGGAUCAGGCAAUUGGUUCUCUGGUGGUACCAGUCAGAGAGCUGCUGUCAGAACCAGAUCUGGUCCUGGAUCAGUGGCUGAGACUGGAUGGAGCCUCACCUGACAGUCAGAUUCUACUGAGGGCUGAACUGAAGAUCCUGAACUCGAAGAUGACUGAGGGUGUUGGGGUACCACAAGGCUCUGUCUCAGGUCCAGAAACUAUUACUAGUUGGAGUUACAGUGAGGAGGAAGAACCAAUCACCAUUGAGCAGCCAGUUACUGCGACCAUUGAGGAGGACCAACACAGUGAGGUGCCCUCUGAGAAAUCUGUUGCAGUCUCCAGCCAACCCUCUAUCUCUGAACCUGAGGAAGCAGAGGUUGUCUUUGAGGUCCCUAAAGAAGACCCCAGCCCUCCUGAGACACUCCACACACAUACCACCCCUGACCCCAGCUUUGAAACGGAGAAAGAGGAGCCAGAAGAACCUAUCACCAUCACCCAACUGUCAGUCACAACAGACACUGAGGAGCUCCAACCCUGGCAGGGGCAAAUGGCAGGAUCUGUUACAGAGGACAUUGCCAGAGCUACAGUGUCUAGCCUUCCUUCUGUGUCUGUACUUGAGGAAGCUGAGGCCAUGCCUGAUGUCAUCCCUGAAACACGCCCUCCUCACACUACCCCUCACCCAAGUUUUGGAGCUGAGGGGGUGCUGAGAAUCCAUGUACUGGAGGCCCAGGAUCUGGUUGCCAUGGAUAAGCUGAUGGGGGGCCUGAAGAAGGGCAAGAGUGACCCGUACGUCAAGAUCAACAUCGGAGUGGUCAAGUUUAAGAGUCAUGUGAUCAAGGAGAACCUCAACCCCACCUGGAACGAGAUGUUUGAGACGGUGCUGACCCCUCAGGCUGGUCAGGAGGUCCAGGUAGAGCUGUAUGAUAAAGACAUGGACAAGGAUGACUUCCUGGGAAGGUUUAUGAUGAGGCUGAGUGAUGUCAUCAGUUCCCAGUACACAGACCAGUGGUACACUCUGAAUGAUGUGAAGUCAGGUCGUCUUCACCUGGUACUGGAGUGGGUACCAACAGUAUCGCAACCAGACAGACUGAAUAAGGUGUUGCAGCUGCAGUCUCUCCAGUCCUACCAGAACAAGGCUGUUCCCUCUGCUGCUCUGCUCUUCGUCUACAUGGACAGAGCCCACUCACUGCCUUUGAAGAAGAGUGGGAAGGAGCCAAAGGCUGGAGCUGAGCUUGUUCUGGGAGAGACAACAUAUAGAACCAAGGUAUGUGAUCGUACCAACUCCCCCCAAUGGGAAGAGGCUUUUUACUUCCUGGUUCGUGACCCCAGAGAGGAGAUUCUCAUAGUGAAGCUCUCCAGUGCUUGGGAUCAGGCGCUGGGUUCUCUGGUGGUACCAGUCAGAGAGCUGCUGUCAGAACCAGAUCUGGUCCUGGAUCAGUGGCUGAGUCUGGAUGGAGCCUCACCUGACAGUCAGAUUCUACUAAGGGCUGAGCUUAAGAUCCUGAACUCGAAGAUGACUGAGGGUGUUGGGGUACCACAAGGCUCUGUCUCAGGUCCAGAAACUAUUAUGAGUGGGAGUUACAGUGAGGAGAAGGAACAAAUCACCAUUGAGCAGCCAGUUACUGCAACCAUUGGGGAGAAGCAACACAGUGAGGUGCCCUCUGAGGAAUCUGUUGCAGUCUCCAGCCAACCCUCUAUCUCUGAACCUGAGGAAGCAGAGGUUGUCUUUGAGGUCCCUAAAGAAGACCCCAGCCCUCCUGAGACACACCCCACACACACCACCCCUGACCCCAGCUUUGAUACUGAGAUAGAGGAGCCAGAAGAAACUGAGGAACCUAUCACCAUCACCCAACUGUCAGUCACAACAGACACUGAGGAGCUCCAACCCUGGCAGGGGCAAAUGGCAGGAUCUGUUACAGAGGACAUUGCCAGAGCUACAGUGUCUAGCCUUCCUUCUGUGUCUGUACUUGAGGAAGCUGAGGCCAUGCCUGAUGUCAUCCCUGAAACACGCCCUCCUCACACUACCCCUCACCCAAGUUUUGGAGCUGAGGGGGUGCUGAGAAUCCAUGUACUGGAGGCCCAGGAUCUGGUUGCCAUGGAUAAGCUGAUGGGGGGCCUGAAGAAGGGCAAGAGUGACCCGUACGUCAAGAUCAACAUCGGAGUGGUCAAGUUUAAGAGUCAUGUGAUCAAGGAGAACCUCAACCCCACCUGGAACGAGAUGUUUGAGACGGUGCUGACCCCUCAGGCUGGUCAGGAGGUCCAGGUAGAGCUGUAUGAUAAAGACAUGGACAAGGAUGACUUCCUGGGAAGGUUUAUGAUGAGGCUGAGUGAUGUCAUCAGUUCCCAGUACACAGACCAGUGGUACACUCUGAAUGAUGUGAAGUCAGGUCGUCUUCACCUGGUACUGGAGUGGGUACCAACAGUAUCGCAACCAGACAGACUGAAUAAGGUGUUGCAGCUGCAGUCUCUCCAGUCCUACCAGAACAAGGCUGUUCCCUCUGCUGCUCUGCUCUUCGUCUACAUGGACAGAGCCCACUCACUGCCUUUGAAGAAGAGUGGGAAGGAGCCAAAGGCUGGAGCUGAGCUUGUUCUGGGAGAGACAACAUAUAGAACCAAGGUAUGUGAUCGUACCAACUCCCCCCAAUGGGAAGAGGCUUUUUACUUCCUGGUUCGUGACCCCAGAGAGGAGAUUCUCAUAGUGAAGCUCUCCAGUGCUUGGGAUCAGGCGCUGGGUUCUCUGGUGGUACCAGUCAGAGAGCUGCUGUCAGAACCAGAUCUGGUCCUGGAUCAGUGGCUGAGUCUGGAUGGAGCCUCACCUGACAGUCAGAUUCUACUAAGGGCUGAGCUUAAGAUCCUGAACUCGAAGAUGACUGAGGGUGUUGGGGUACCACAAGGCUCUGUCUCAGGUCCAGAAACUAUUAUGAGUGGGAGUUACAGUGAGGAGAAGGAACAAAUCACCAUUGAGCAGCCAGUUACUGCAACCAUUGGGGAGAAGCAACACAGUGAGGUGCCCUCUGAGGAAUCUGUUGCAGUCUCCAGCCAACCCUCUAUCUCUGAACCUGAGGAAGCAGAGGUUGUCUUUGAGGUCCCUAAAGAAGACCCCAGCCCUCCUGAGACACACCCCACACACACCACCCCUGACCCCAGCUUUGAUACUGAGAUAGAGGAGCCAGAAGAAACUGAGGAACCUAUCACCAUCACCCAACUGUCAGUCACAACAGACACUGAGGAGCUCCAACCCUGGCAGGGGCAAAUGGCAGGAUCUGUUACAGAGGACAUUGCCAGAGCUACAGUGUCUAGCCUUCCUUCUGUGUCUGUACUUGAGGAAGCUGAGGCCAUGCCUGAUGUCAUCCCUGAAACACGCCCUCCUCACACUACCCCUCACCCAAGUUUUGGAGCUGAGGGGGUGCUGAGAAUCCAUGUACUGGAGGCCCAGGAUCUGGUUGCCAUGGAUAAGCUGAUGGGGGGCCUGAAGAAGGGCAAGAGUGACCCGUACGUCAAGAUCAACAUCGGAGUGGUCAAGUUUAAGAGUCAUGUGAUCAAGGAGAACCUCAACCCCACCUGGAACGAGAUGUUUGAGACGGUGCUGACCCCCCAGGCUGGUCAGGAGGUCCAGGUAGAGCUGUAUGAUAAAGACAUGGACAAGGAUGACUUCCUGGGAAGGUUUAUGAUGAGGCUGAGUGAUGUCAUCAGUUCCCAGUACACGGACCAGUGGUACACUCUGAAUGAUGUGAAGUCAGGUCGUGUUCACCUGGUACUGGAGUGGGUACGAACAGUAUCAGAACCAGACAGACUAGAUCAGGUGCUACAGCUGCAGUCUCUCCAGUCCUACCAGAACAAGGCUGUUCCCUCUGCUGCUCUGCUCUUCGUCUACAUGGACAGAGCCCACUCACUGCCUAUGAAGAAGAGUGGGAAGGAGCCAAAGGCUGGAGCUGAGCUUGUUCUGGGAGAGACAACAUAUAGAACCAAGGUGUGUGAUCGCACCAACUCCCCCCAGUGGGAUGAGGCUUUCUACUUUCUGGUUCGUGAUCCCAAAGAAGAGAUGCUCAUAGUGAAGCUGUCCAGUGCUUGGGAUCAGGCGAUGGGUUCUCUGGUGGUACCAGUCAGAGAGCUGCUGUCACAACCAGAUCUGGUCCUGGAUCAGUGGCUGAGUCUGGAUGGAGCCUCUCCUGACAGUCAGAUUCUACUGAGGGCUGAACUCAAGAUUCUGGAAUCUAAAAUGGUGGACCUGAUAGGUCAUGGAAUUCUUCCGUGUGCUGCAAGAAACUGUGGGCAGGUGAAGCUGUCUCUCUCCUAUGCCUCAAAGAAGAAGAAACUGACCAUCACAGUCCACGCCUGCAGGGAUCUGGAGUCGUCCAGUAAAGACGGUCUAGACACCUACGUCUCCCUUAUGCUGCUGCCAGACAAAAACAAGGCCACCAAGAGGAAGACAAGCAUCAAGAAGAGAGACCUCAACCCAGAAUAUAACGAAAGGUUUGAGUUUGAGCUGUCUGUGGAGGAGGCCAGGCGCAGGCAUCUGAGUGUGUCGGUGAAGAACAGCAAAGCCUCCUUCAGGAGCAGCGAUCUCAUUGGACAGGUGCAGAUAGAGCUGGCUCAGAUUGACCUGGCCUCAGGGGUCACAGAAUGGUUUGACUUGAAACAGGAAGCUGAAUAGUGGAUCUGUCUGCAGCUGUCAUACCUGUUAUACCACAGGGUUAAAGUUCACCUGUACAGCCUAACUCACGCCGAUGCCUUCCCCCACCACUGCUGCAGCCUUCCCUGUCCGCCUGUUAAUGUCUAUCUCUAAAUAUCCACAUAUCAAUAUUAUCACUAAAGACAGGGCUCAAUAGGUCAGAACCUGGAUUGAACCAGGAGAAAGUCUGUAUUAUAUAGUUUAAUCUGAAGUUUAUACCUAGUAUUAAGUUAAGUAAUAGUUAUGAAGGUCAAAAUGUGUAUAUACUUAUGAAAAGGUUGAAGGUUAUACCUGCUUAUGAAGGUUACUUUUGAAGUUUACAUUAAUAACUUGUUAGGGAUAUUUGAAGAUCAUGUACGUUAAAGGUUAAUGUACUAAUGAACGAUAGCUACAUGCAUUUAUCUUGCUAAAGUAAUAUAUCAGUAAGGAAGGAGUUAAUAUUAUCAAGGUAAAGAGACUCUUGCCUGAUCCAGGAAGCGAACAGGGACCAGCAUGCGUUGUCAGUAUACGGUAUCAGAUUGGUAUUAUCAAAUAACUUAUCCAUGUGAAAUUCAGCCAAUGAUCAAAGUCACUCUGAUAAUACAGAUUACAGAUACUGACCAAUGAGGUUCAAAAGUGUGUCAUGGAGUGUUACCAGUUAUUAAUUUCUAACUAAUACAAAAAAAGUAUUUAUCUGUUGGCAUUUUUAUUUUACUAUUUCAUUGUCAUACAGUUGAUGCAUUCCAUUCCAUUUUUUGCUACAUCAUAUAUUUUUGUUUGCACUUAAGACAUGUUACUUGCCCUUGUGUUACUAUGCUGCUUUGUGUUUUACAUUUGUUUUGAUGUGUAUCUUGUUUUUUUUACAGCAGUCAAAUAUUUCAAUCUUUUUAACACAUUACAAUUGUGCAUCUAUUCAUCCUUUCUAGCAGGGUUGUGCUCAAUUCAGAAUGGAAGGAAUGCCUCAAAUUCCAAUCAAAUUUGUGAAUUUUAAUUGAAGUAGUAAACAGGAUAUAUUCUUUGGUA